AGCAUCCAAACAGAGCGCACUCUCCGUUCUUCUUCUUCUUCAUCUUCACGAGAUAGCUUUAGAGUAAGAUCCAACGGUAAAUGGCUCCGAGAACCGACUCCACAUCCACCGGAUCCGCCAUGUCAGAAACCUCCGUCGAAUCCUCAAUCGACCCUCUCUUCCACCUCCUCCGCACCAUCCCAUUCUCCUUCCUCCGGCCGCCGCGUCUCCGCCUCAAGCUCCCUUCCUUCACACUCCCAUCCCCGAUGACCGUCUUCGCCCUAAUCCUCCUCACCUACUUCCUCGUCAUCUCCGGGUUCAUCUACGACGUGAUCGUCGAGCCUCCGGGCAUCGGAUCGACCCAGGACCCAGUCACGGGAACGAUCCGCCCCGUGGUGUUCAUGUCGGGUCGGGUCAACGGGCAGUACAUAAUCGAGGGGCUCUCGUCGGGGUUCAUGUUCGUGAUGGGCGGGGUCGGGAUCAUAAUGCUGGAUCUGGCCUUGGAUAAGAAUCGAGCUAAGAGUGUUAAAGCUUCGUACGCUACGGCGGGAGUGUCGUCGAUUGUGAUUGGUUAUGUGAUGAGUAUGCUCUUUAUCAGGAUUAAGAUCCCUGGUUAUCUCCAUUAGAUCACUCUCUGUAGUUUAAAGAUCGUUACUUUGGAUUAAAAAUGUAAACUUUAUGUGUGUUUCUAAGGUUAAGUGAGAUUCUACUCAUCUGUAUCAAUCUCAUCGUUUAAAUUUGUGUUGGUAACAAAUAAAGUAGAGAUUUUGAAUG